UGGCGCCACUUGUUGCUAGGUUGCUCGAAGCCGAUGGCGGAAACGGGGCGUCCUGCAUUUCCUGGGUGUUUGACAAGUGCUGUGGGUCGCGGUGGAAGACGCCACUCGGGUUGUUGUUUCGGGACGUACGGCGACACAGUUAACACGUUUUCUGGCGGGGGGAAGAACAGGACGGACCGGCGAUGGAAGAGUGAGAGUAUGGGAAAGAAAAGGGCGAUCAUUGUACGCGACUUGGCUAACAUUGUGCAGCAGAGGGAGGGGACGCAGUACUGUGGGAGAAACAGAAAGCGAGCAGGUGUGUGAGACGUUGCCAAGGAAGAGGACAGUUUCACAGCAGCUGUGGCAAGACUUCCUGAAGACCGAGCCGCCGUGCGUCUCCUCCUCCUCCAAACUGUGGGCCAAAGGGGAUUCCAGUGUUUCAUGGAUAUUUUGUUUUCCUGCACUGCGGAAGUAUUUAAUUAAUCCCACAUUGUUGUUUUUUUUGCGUCACAUUCAUAUUUUUCUUUUCUUGCCCCGAUCGCCACAGACUCUUAAGGGGGGGAAUACUUUUUUAAUUUAAUUUUUUUUUAUUUUAAUUUUUUUUCUUUCACUUUUUUGCAUUUGCAAAGAAAUGCUUUACCUGAAAAAGUACUUCACAGAGGGCCUGAUCCAGUUCACCAUUCUGCUGAGUCUCAUCGGGGUGCGUGUGGAUGUGGACACUUACCUGAGCUCCCAGUUCCCCCCGCUGCGCGAGAUCAUUCUGGGGCCCAGCUCCGCCUACACGCAGACACAGUUCCAUAACCUGCGCAACACGCUGGACGGCUAUGGCAUCCACCCCAAGAGCGUGGACCUGGACUACUUCUUCACUUCACGGCGGUUGCUGAACCAGGUGCGCUCGCUGGACCAUCUGCGCGUGCCCACGACAGAGCUGAGUGCCUGGUUGGUGCACCGCGAGCCCGAGAGCGUGGUGUGCGCUGCGGGCCAGUCGAGCUCCGCCAUCACCCUGGACAAUGGGGCCAGCCUGGAGGACGUAAGCAACCCCGAGGGCUCGGCCAUGAGGGGUGGGGGCACCGGUGCGGAAGGGCUGCCCGAGUCCGGCUACAACCUUAGCGGCGAGGACAGCCAGGGGGCCGUGGCCCCCCAGGACAACCAGCAGCAGGGUGGGCAUACUGGGGAGAGCAGCGACGACCUCACCAAAGAGGAUAUUGAUUUGAUUGACAUCCUGUGGCGCCAAGACGUCGACCUGGGUGCCGGGCGUGAGGUUUUUGACUACAGUAGCCGGCAGAAGGAGAGUGAAGCAGAUAAAUGCCCCCCGGUGGAGCAGAACGAUGAGGGAGCAGAGGGGCAGGAGAGCUGGAGGAAUGAUCUCAGUCUGCAGGGGAGGCGGAGCCAGACACAGGUGGAUGGGGAGACAGGAGAGAAUGUACCUGAGGAGUUGGCUGAACUCGGAGCUCAGACCUCGCUGUCGCUGCAGGAGUGUCUGCGAUUGCUGGAGGCCACUUUUCCCUUUGGAGAGGAAUCUGAGUUUCCAGAUGCUGUCACCCCGGAGUUGAGGGAGCCGAGCAGCGAGGGCCCUUCUACCUCCCAAAGCCUCCUAUCUCCUUUGUUGCCUCAGGCCGAACCAUCCCUCGACCUGGAGCAGCAGUGGCAGGACAUCAUGGCCAUCAUGGAGCUACAGGAAAUGGAGGUGAACAACACAUCAGAGAGCUCCUUCCUGAGUAGCUCCACCGGUGGUGCAAAUAACAGCAGCAGCAGUGGGAUAGAGUCGAAUCCCCUGGUGCCAUUCAGCCUGCACAGUCCCACCCCCAUUAACCAGGAUGUCAGCCUUCACCAGGCCUCCCUCCCCAGCUGCAGCCAGGAGUUCUCUGCCUUCUUCAGCCCAGAGCUGGAUCCCAGGGCCACCAUGGAAGCCUCUGGUUCCCAGCAGCCUGCCCUACACAGCAAUUCCUCAAACAUCAACUCUACUUUCGGGGGCACCAACCUGACCGGCCUCUUUCUUCCACCGCUAUUAAAUGGCACCGGCAACAGCACCUGUACACCUAUGCUGCAAGACCCUCUCAACAGCCUCUUGGAGGAGGCCAUGCUGGAUGAGAUUAGUCUGCUGGACCUGGCCAUGGAGGAGGGCUUCAGCCAGGCCGAGGCCUUCCAGCUGGAGGAUGAGCUGGACUCGGACUCGGGCCUCUCCCUCGACUCCAGCCAAAGCCCGGCCUCCCCCAGCAGCUCCGAAACAUCCUGCUCGUCUAGUUCUUCCUCGUCCUCUUCGUCGACAUGCGCCACGUUCUCAGAGGAAGGCGCCGUGGGCUACAGCACCGACUCGGAGGCGGUUCUGGAGCAGGAAGAGGGCGCCGUUGGGGGCUACCAGCCCGAGUACAGCAAAUUUUGCCGCAUGAGCUACCAGGACCCGUCCCAGUUUCAACACCUGCCACAGCUGGAGAACAUCAGCCACAACCACACAUACAACCUGCCUCUGGCAUCCACUUCGGAGCCCGAGCAUCUGAAGCCUCUGAACGCUGGCAAGAAGGUGGGGCGCGACAAGCAACAGCAGGCCAAGGUGCAGCCCUCGCAGGACUUGCUGGAAAAGCAGUCGAGCCGUGACGAGCGGCGCGCACGCGCCAUGAAGAUCCCCUUCUCCAACGACAAGAUCAUCAAUCUGCCCGUGGAAGAGUUCAACGAGCUACUCGCAAAGCACCACUUGAGCGAGGCCCAGCUGUCCCUUAUCCGAGACAUCCGCCGUCGUGGCAAGAACAAGAUGGCGGCGCAGAACUGCCGCAAGCGCAAACUGGACACGAUUCUCAACCUGGAACAGGACGUGGAGGAGCUGCGCCGCAACAAAGCCAGGCUGCUGAAGGAGAAGAUGGAGUUUGUGCGCUCAAUCCGACAGAUGAAGCAGAAGGUGCACAGCCUGUACGAGGAGGUGCUGAACCAGUUGCGUGACGAGGACGGGCGGCCGUACCCGGCGAGCGAGUACUCCCUGCAGUACGGCCCCGACGGCAGCGUCCUCGUCAUGCCCCGCAGCCUGGCACCUGAGCAGAGCCGCAAGAGCGACAAGAAGCAGAAGGACAAGAAGAAGUGAGGGUGCGUUCCGCUCUUUGUGUGAGCAGCAGAUGCGUUUGACGGAAGCAAAGUUAUUAUUUUCUUUGAGACUCUGGUGGCAGAAAAAAAAAGAACAAGGAAUCUGACUACUUUUCCUGCUUUAGUUUCUCCUUUUUCCUUUUUGGUUCCAGUACUUUCUUAACAGGAAACAACUGCAAAGCACAAGUGCUUCUUUAGUAUUUUUCUUUUUUUUUUUUUAAAUUGUUGUUUUUCAGAAGCGACGGGAAAAAAA